AUGCCGCACGCCGAUGCGUCUUUGGUUCCAGACUCCAUUAAGACUAAGUCUGAAUUCUGGACUCAUGUGCACGAUCAGCUAGAAAUUUUGAUGGGAGGCCAACGACAUUGGGUCUCAAAUUUGUCCAAUGCCGCUUCGCUUAUUUACAAUUCCUUGCAAGCUUUUCCCAGCAAUUUCGGGGAUGGGGAACGUUCGGUCAACUGGUGUGGUGAGUCCCUCCACUUUCCACCGCUGGUAUCGACAACCCAGUCAACAAAGAGUGAUCGCCCAGCCCCUUCUCUUUCAAGUUUCUAUCUCAUCUCUUCCCUUUUCCCUCAGCCACGAUUCACUGAUGCCUCGAUGGACCCCCAAUCUCAAACGCGUGCUUCCACUAAUAUGCUUUUGGGACCCUUUUCCGGCAGGCCUGCCUGCCAAUGGAUCGAGGUCUCCCCUCGACCUCGAGGCGUGUGUGGAGAUGCAUUUGUUAAGCGCAGUACCGUCCUGGUUCUAGACGUCUUGACCUACCCUGGGCAUAUUGCCUGUGACGGCGAUACGAAAAGCGAGAUCGUGUGUCCCCUCAUUCUUCGGAAAGGGGGUGAAGAUAUCGUGGUGGGUGUUCUAGAUCUUGAUUGCCUUGCGAUUGGGGGGUUCGAUGCAGACGAUCAGGUCGGACUAGAAAGAAUUGUGGCACUCAUCAUCAGAUCUUGUGACUGGUAG